AUUGCAAAAAAACAUCAGAGAGAGCGAUGGCGAUGGCGAUUGACGACCGUUUCUAAUUUCUGCGAUGUGUGUUUUCAAUGAGGGAGGACGGAGAGAGGGUCUUUCGUGUCUUCCGGUGGGUUAUUGGCCUUGGCGAUGGACCGGAAGUCCAUCUCCAGGGGGAUGCGAUUUUGUUUCUCCAAGGAGAGAUUGGGCAGUAUCGGGUGUUAUCUAGUGGUUUCGAUCUGAUUCGAUGGGAAACGAUCUGGGGGUUAGGAGAAUCCGAUUUACAAUCCUGGAGUUAUCUGUUGGACUCUACUCUAUGUAUUGGGAUUUUUUUGGUGUACGAUUUUCAUUCCUCACGGAGGAUAUCAAGCUCUUUUCUAUUGUUUCGGCUUCUGUGUUCUUUGUGCACUAUGGCUCAACUGGCACUUAACAAAGGGAAAGCAUCUUUACUACGCACUGAAACAGUAAAUGUCUCUAACACUGUUCUGGCUCAAAGGAUUCAGCAAUUCUCUAGGACUCUUAUUGGGAGAUUGAUGAAUCCUUCGAUCCAAAGGAUGGAGUCUUUAGUUGCCAAUCUACCCAAGAUAUGGAAGUUGGAGGAUAGAGUGGUGGGACCAAACUUGGGUCAAGGCAUUUUUCAGUUUAACUUUGAGGAUGAAGCUGAUCUUCAAGCAGUUUUGCAGAAUGGGCCUUAUCACUUUGAUGGUUGGAUGAUCUCCUUGGUUAAGUGGGAGCCGAUUAUCUCUUCUACUUAUCCCUCAGCUAUCAAUUUUUGGGUGAAGGUUGGUGGGAUACCUUUGCAUCUUUGGGAGACGGCAACGUUGCAAGCUAUUGGUAAGAAGAUUGGUACUCUUCGUGAGAUUGAUGGGAGCAUCUGUGUCACGGUUAAUGGCUUCAAUCCACUCCUGUUCCAGUUGGUGGUGCCUUUUGAUACGGGCGAUGAGGUUGUUGUUUCUCUGGAUUAUGAGAAACUCACGGGUUUCUGUGAUCAUUGCUCUCGUCUAACUCAUGAGGUGAGGGUGUGUCCAGAGCUACACAAAGUGAUGGGUGCUCAUGGUGGGGAAAUUGUGACUGAUAAGCGGGGAGGUCAGCGACAUCAAUCUGUGGCUAAACAAUGGUCAGCUCAUAGUGAUGGUGGCUGGGAGAAGCCGAGGAAAUUCGCGAUGUAGUGCUGGUGAUUUCGGUGGUUACAGUUCUCGUCAGCUGGAGAUGUAUCCAGCUCCGGCAUGGGGUCAAAGGAGACAGUUGGGUGGGGAGUCUAGUGAAUCCGGCGGUCAGAGAGGGCUUCAGUCUGUUGGUGGGGACAUUCUCGGUUAUGGAGCCUCCUUUCAUCUUAAUAGAAAGGGUGGUGGUCCGGUGUGGCCGAAGCCGUUGUAUAAGGCGAAGAAUUCUAGUAGUGAGAGGAGGGUUAAGGAUAUUGACUAUGAGGCUUCGGUGGCAGUAAAAGUGAGUGGUUCUGAUGUGGAUAUGGAGGCUUCUCAACAUCCAGGGGAUGAUACGACUUUAGUGGUUUCAGAGUUUGAGGAAGAAACAGAUGAUUUGUUGGAGGACGGUGAAUAUCCAGAUGGUGAUCCCAUGGUGAAUGGGGAUUCUGAGUCGAGUAAGGGAGAUGAUACUAUAGCGUCACAUAGUGAUGCAAUUAAUAAUUUGCAAGGUACUUCUUCUUCUCUCCCUUUGAAUUGGUUAUGGGCGCCGUUAGUACCGCAUUGGGUGAUGUUAAUUUAGAGAAAAAAGGUGUCCCAGCAAAGAAAGGUGUUAGAAACUCUAGGAGAAUUGCAUUGCCUUUGGCUUCUCCUGGGAAUCGUUUAAUUGCUAAGGUAAUGUCUAAAACUGCAGGUGAUGGUAACAAACAAAAGGUGAUGGGAAUACAGGGGAAUAACUCUACGGGCGGUAAACCUUCGGGAGGUGGCCGCCAAGUUAAGAGAGGGAUGGUGGCUCUCCCGAAACCACCGGCUCAAACGUGAAGGUUCUAAGCUGGAACUGUCAGGGCAUAGGGGCGGACCUGACAGAGGAGUAUUUGGGAGAUUUAUUGAAGAAAUAUCGUCCAGACAUUUUAUUUUUAUCAGAAACAAAAAAAUGUUUUUCUUAUUUACAGAAAUUUCAAAAUAAGUUUGGUUAUAAUAAAUUGUAUACCGUUGAACCUUGUGGGUCCAGUGGUGGUUUAGCUUUAUUUUUUAUGGAUGAAAUAAAACUAUCAGUUCUUUAUGAGAGCGAUCGUAUUAUUGAUACUCAAGCAUUCAUUGGGAAACAAAUAAUUUUUCUAUUUUUUGUUUAUGGUGAUCCUGUACCCCAACGUCGACAGCAAGUAUGGGAUAAUUUAGUGGAUAUUGGAUCUUUUCGUAUUGACUCUUGGUUUAUGAUCGGGGAUUUUAAUGAUCUUGUGGGGAAUCAUGAGAAAAAUGGUGGUGCUCUACGACCUUUGUCCUCUUUUGUGCCUUUUAAUACAAUGGUUCAGCACUAUGGUAUGUUAGAAUUCCCUUGUUAUGGUGAACCAUUAUCAUGGAGAGGUGAUCGGUGUAAUAACCAGGUGGUUCGUUGUCGUUUAGAUCGUGCGCUAGGCAAUGAGGAUUGUCAUUGCUUCUUCCCACGCUCACAGGUCAAAUAUUUGGAGAUAAUUGGCUCUGAUCACUCUCCCAUUUUAGCUAUGUUUCUGAAAACAAUUUUAAAACGGAAUGGGCAGUUUCGGUUUGAUAAACGUUGGCUAGGGAAAUAUAGAUUAACAAAGGUGGUCGAGUCAGGGUGGAACCGUACAAAUAAUUUCCGGAUACCGGUUUUCGUGGAUAAAUUAAGGGAUUGUAGGAACUCAAUUUCUUGGUGGCGUAAAAAUAAUAUUGUUCCUGGGCCUACGCUUAUUUCUUCAUUGAAGGCAGCUUUGCAGGAGGCGAAGAUGGAUGAUACAAUCUCGCAAGCGGAGAUACGAAGCAUUGAAGGUAAAUUAAAAGAGGUUUACCGUGAUGAGGAAUUGUACUGGCAGCAGAAAAGUAGGAAAUUUUGGUUACGAGUUGGCGAUAAAAAAACCAAUUUUUUCAUGCUUCUACUAAGCAGCGGCGGGUGAGGAACAAGAUAGUUGGUUUGUUUUGUCCUGAUAAUGGUUGGGAGGAAUCUUUGUAAGGGAUAGAAAAUAUCGCUUCUAACUAUUUCGUGGAUCUGUUUAAGAAAUCAGAUGUGCAGGGCAUCUCUGAUAUGCUUCAGGAGAUCUCUCCAAUCAUUACGGAUAGGAUGAAUAGGGACCUCAUCCGUGAGAUAUCUGAAUCGGAAGUUCGAAAAGCUCUGUUCGCCAUGCAUCCGGAAAAGACACCAGGACUAGAUGGAAUGACAGCUCUGUUUUUUCAACGAUUUUGGCCUUCAAUAAAAGGGGAUUUGGUGACCUUGGUUCGAGAUUUCUUUCGCACGGGUUGUUUUGAUCCACGCUUAAAUGAGACUAAUAUUUGUCUUAUCCCGAAAAUCGAGAGAC